AAUGAAAAUAACCAGAAAUGAACGAAAUGGCAAUGAAAUAUUUAUGUAUUCCUAAUACUUUAGCUCCAUCCGAGAGCGUGGUUUUAAAUACAGGUUCUGAGCCUUGCCUUAAGGAGAAAUAGGCUUGAUCCCAUAUUUUUGAGAUGAAAUUUAAUAAACUUUAUCAUUCGAUUAACUGGAAAUGAAAACAUAAGAUAUUUUAAAAACCGGAUAACAGGAAAUUUUUAUUCGAAUAAACCCAUCACUAAUAGAAAUACUCUAAGACUACUUGUGCUGGGGUCUGGGGUAUAUUAUAAAUAAUAACAAUAUACCCUAGGAUAAGUUUUAUUUUGUGUUUUUGGAAAAGGAAUAAUUUCAACUAGGAACGGGUACUUUGUUAAUUUAGUGGCAGUCACAAAAGGACCGAUAUUAUUCAAAAUUACAAUAGCGAAGCCUUUUCAUUUAAUGAUAUGGAUUUAAAAAUUCUGCUGAAAACAAAAAUUGCUCAAGGAGAAUAUGUCACUAGUUUAGAAGAUCUAACCAAUGAAGAUAAACAUUUCAAUACUUUUCUUGAUAAUUGGGGCAAAAAAUCAGAACAAGUUGCCGGAAUUCCCAAAUUUUUUUGUAAAACUCCCAAAGAGUCUGAACCCUUGCGCUAUAAACUUCGUGAGGAAAGUCGAUCCAAUCUUCUAAAGAGAAAGAGUUUACCUUUGCUAGAGAGAAAUGAAUUAAAUGAAUUGUGGACUUUAUUAGAUCAAAAUCAAAACUUAAUAGAUGAACAGCUUAUAUCUUAUUCAGAUUUUCAAAAGGUUGCUCAGUUAGCAGGUAAAAAAGUUAAACCUUACUUUAAGCCUAGUGUAUUUGCAAAAUUGCAACAAGAUGAUUGUCAAGGAAGGGUGUCUAUUAUUUCUCUUUUUAACUAUGUGAUGAGAAAAGUGUGGCUAGAUCAAACACGAGUUGGUCUCUCUUUAUAUGAUAACACAGGACAAGGAUAUUUGACAGAAAAUGAAUUGGAAAAUUAUAUAUCAGAAUUGUUGCCCACUUUGUGUCAACUAGAUGGCCUCGAGACGUCGUUUCAUAGCUUUUAUGUUUGUACAGCAGUACGAAAAUUUCUGUUCUUCUUAGAUGUGGUCCGAGCAAACAGAGUUAGAAUUCUAGAUAUUUUGGCUUGUUCAUUUCUGGAUGAUUUAUUAGAAUUAAGAGAUGAGGAUUUGAGUAAAGAUGUUCAAGAACAAAAUUGGUUUAGCGCGCCUUCAGCCUUAAGAAUCUAUGGUCACUACCUAAAUUUGGAUCGGGACCAUAAUGGAAUGCUUAGUAAAUCGGAACUAGCUGGAUAUGGUUCAGGAACGCUUACUCAACCAUUUCUGGAUAGAGUAUUUCAAACUUGCCUUACAUAUGGAGGCGAGAUGGAUUAUAAAACAUAUUUGGAUCUUGUCUUAGCAUUAGAAAAUCGAUCCGAACCGCAAGCCCUAGGAUAUCUGUUCCGCAUCCUUGAUAUUAAAAAUUGUGGAUACCUAGAUGCGUUUACCUUGAACUUUUUUUUUCGAGCAAUCCAGGAUCAAAUGAAAGCUCAUGGUUCAGAACAACCAGUUCCUUUCCAAGAUGUCAAAGAUGAACUGUUUGAUAUGGUUCGACCAAAGGAUAGAGAAAAAAUUACUCUUACUGAUUUGCUCGCUUGUGGACAAGGCGACACGUUUGUUAGUAUUUUAAUAGAAUUUCACGGGUUUUGGGCUUAUGAACACAGAGAAGCAAUUUCAUCAGAACCUCAAGACUGAUACACUUUACACCCUCGGUUAUUGUAAACGGGGUUGAAUUCUUUUGCGCUAUAUAGUGGAUAAUAAAAAGGUUUUGUGAA